GGAAAUAUAUCUACUUCUUAGAUAUUGAAUUAAUCUAUAGAGUACUUGGAUUAAUAAUUCUUCGGGCUGAUUGGUAAUGCCUCUAAAUUUCAUAUUAUCUUGACUACAGCUUUCUUCAUCAAACCACAAGAUGUAAAAGUAUAUAAACCCCCAAGUGGUGGAUAUGACCGUUUUUUGCACACUUAAAUCCCAGAUCGAUAAAACAAGAGGUGAAAGAACCCAAUCAUUCCAAAAGAACUUCUUGAAAUCAUGGCUCAAUCGCGCCUUUUCCAGCCUUUGACAAUUGGCAAUAUGGAAGUGAAGCAUCGCAUCGGUAUGCCUUCACUCACUCGCUUCCGCGCUACCGACGAUCGUGUGCCAACCACUAUGAUGAAGGAAUACUACAGCCAACGCGCCUCUGUUCCUGGUACCUUGAUGAUUGCAGAGGGUACCUUUGUUUCGCCAUCAGCCGCCGGCGGAUAUUCCAACGCGCCAGGGAUAUGGAGCAAAAACCAAAUUGCUGCAUGGAAAGAGAUCACAGAUGAAGUUCAUGCGAAGGGUUGCUUUAUCUUCUGUCAGUUAUUCGCAAUGGGCCGUACUGCCAGUAUAGAGGUGGCGGAGAGUGAGGGAAUCAGCAUCGUGGCGCCAAGCGCUAUUCCGAUCGAUGAAAACUUCCCAACACCGCGGGCUAUGACGAUCCAAGAGAUCGAACAAUUUGUUGGAGACUUUGCGACCGCCUCAGAAAAUGCUAUCAGCGCGGGUUUUGACGGCGUCGAGUGCCAUGGCGCGAACGGCUACCUCAUCGAUCAAUUCAUUCAGGAUACAAGUAAUCAGCGCAACGAUGCGUAUGGCGGGAGUGUGGAAAAUAGAUCUCGCUUUAUCAACGAAAUCAUGAAAGCCAUGGUCAACGCUGUUGGCCCGGAACGUGUUGGACUCCGUCUUAGCCCUUGGAGUCCGUUCCAGGGUAUGAGAAUGACUGAUCCCAUUCCACAAUUUAUGGACAUCAUCUGCAAAGCCAGAAAAUUAAACCUCGCAUACCUACACCUAGUUGAGUCGCGAAUCUCUGGUGCGGAUGAUUAUAGCGGCAGCAACGAGCGGCUAGAUUUUGCAUAUCAACUUUGGAACGGACCUAUCCUUGUCGCGGGAGGGUACAAACCAGCGGAUGCACAAAGGCUUGUUGACGAAGAACGUCCAGACAAGGAUAUUGUGGUCAUGUUCGGAAGGUAUUUCAUUGCAAACCCAGAUUUGGUAUAUAGGGUCAAGAAGGGCGUGGCAUUGAAUGCGUACGAUCGGAAGACGUUCUAUAUUAAAAAUUCGUCGAUGGGGUACGUGGAUUAUCUGCCAAGCAUAGAGUAUCUGAAAGAGCACGAGAGUGUCUAUUAGUUCGAGUUGAUAAGGUAUCGUAGACUAGAGGGGUUUGACCAUAGUUACUAGGUGCUAAAUUAUGGCUCUCUUAUAAAUCCUUGUUCCUGUGUAUAACUCUAAUUCUAUUGAAGACUUCUCCUCUAAUGUUUGAAUUUUACCUCCUUUGAUAUUUCUAAAGCGCA